GACCUCCAGCCCCUCAACGAGCUCGCCCGCAUCCUCCUCACCGCCUCGAACCCGGCCGUCGUCUUCCCGCCCUUGCCCCAGCCCGUCCCCAACGAGCGCAGCGUAAAGGUCGCCCGCGCAAAGGAGGCCGGCAACGCCGCCUUCAAGAAGCACGAGUGGAACGACGCCAUCAAGCUCUACACCAUCAGCGCCGAGAUGGCCGCCACCCGCCCCAUCUUUGAGGCCGGCGCCUACGCCCGCGACGAGCUCGCCCUCGCCCUGUGCAACCGCUCGGCCGCCUACCUCGGCGCAGGCGAGCUCGUAAACGCCCUCGUCGACGCCGAGGCCGUCAUCAAGCUCAAGCACUCGUGGAUCAAGGGCCACUUCCGCAAGGGCAAGGCCCUCAUCGCCAUGGGCCGCCUCGCAGAGGGCCGCGAGGCCUUCCUCCUCGGCCUCCAGUUCGACCCC